AUGAAGAUGAUGGAGAAGAUGGGGUACAGGGGAGGUGGGCUCGGGAAGAAUGGGCAGGGCAUUGUGACGCCGAUCGAAGUCAAGAUGCGGCCCAAGAACAUGGGCAUGGGAUUCAACGACUACAGAGAGACUGUCACGAAGUUGGGUGCGGGGUUGCGGGAGCGAGAGGAGGAGAAGGAACCUCCGUCGCUUGGGCGGCUAGCUGUUAGGGAGAGGCUUAGGUCGAAGAAAGUGCAGAAGAAGAAGAAGAAGGAAGAGAGUUAUGAUGCAGUUGCACUGAUCGAGUUGUUGGCCAAAAGGCCGAAAGAGCGUGCUGCAGUUUUCCAGAAGGUGAUCGACAUGCGUGGACUGCAGGUUCCAGUCCUGUCGAGUUUGGAGGACUUGUAUGCAGAAGAAGAGAAGGCUGGGGAGGACGAGACGGUGCUGAUGCCCGAGCUCCGGUAUAACGUGAAAUUGAUGGUGGAUGAGUCUGGCCUCGAUAUGCUGAGGAUAGAUCAGGAACUGAGGAAUGAAAGGGAGAUGGCAUCGAGGUUACGGAAGGAGAAAGAGAUGUUGCCGGCUGAAGCGGAGUAUCAGAGGAAGCUGCUCGAUGCCGAGGAUGAGAUAGCUGCAAUACUGCUCCGGAUCAAAGAAGAGGGGAGCACAGGAACACUGACUCUCGACACGCUUGAGUGGAAGCCUUUGCUGGUGCAAGGCAGGGAGGAAUUGGGUGGUGUACAGGACACAUUGGAGACGGCCUACACUGCCUUCAUUACGCCUGCUGUUAGAAUGUCAGGCAUUAAUACUUGGGAGCCGUGGAUUUACGAGCCCAUGCUCGGGUUCCUGGAGAUGUGGGAGACGCUGCUUCCAUCCGUAGUGCUCCAGUCUAUAGUAGACGCCAUCAUAAUACCGAAAUGGUCAAGUGCUGUUGAAUCAUGGGAUCCACGCGUUCUUCAUGCUUGGCACGCAAGCGAUGCCUCUGCUUUUACUAUACUGUCACCAUGGAAGACGGUCUUCAGUUCUGCUAGUUGGGAAAAACUUAUGCGCUGGUUUAUAGUCCUGAAGGAGUUGAACAUAAAUCCGGCGGAACAGAAGCUAGACCGAUUCCAUUGGGUCAUGACAUGGGCCUCUACAAUCCCAACUCAUCUCAUGGCAGACUUGAUGGAGCGGAGCUUCUUUGUCAAAUGGCUGCAGGUUCUUUAUCACUGGCUCUGUUCGCGGCCGAACUUUGAGGUGGCAGAAUGGUUCCUUGGCUGGAAGGGUCUCUUCCCACAGGACCUUCUGUCCAAUUCUGGUAUUCAGUAUCAGUUUCUUAUUGGCCUCGACAUGAUUCGCAAGGCUGGGAAUGGGGUCGAGCUUGUACAUCCCGGGUAG